UCCUCCUUCGUUGAGUCCGCAACAUCCUAACUGGCCGAGGCUGGAGAUCGCAGGCAGCGGCAGCGGCAAGCCCCCUCAAGGCGAAUGAAUUAGAGAACCUGCUGUAUCCUCUGUUCUUCUAGUUCUUUUCCAUAUUGAAGAGUCGGGCUGUAAAUACUGCGGUCAUCAUCUUGCGGAUACAAGGCUUCCAGUGUGCAGAUUCACAAUGGGGAUCAAGGCUGCCCUCCCCAGAUAUGAGCUGUAUCUCUACACAGCUGUACUUGCCAUGGCCUUGAUAUGGGCAGGCAGUUGGAUAUUUGAAGCUUCAAGUGAGAACAUAAACAGAAAGGCCUUCAAAGAAAGCGUGAAACCAGGAUGGCAUUACUUUGGCAGGAAAAUGGAUGUUGCGGACUUCGAAUGGGCGAUGUGGUUCUCUACAUUCCGCAAUCAUAUCCUUUUUGCUCUCACUGGUCAUGUGAUCUUUGCCAAGAUUUUUACCCUGCUGGCUCCAAAGAUUGGUAUAGAUGGAUGUAAGCACAGAUCCUUGAUCUUUGGUGUGUAUGGUGGUUUGGUAGUCCUGGUCACCAUGGGCUGGACAUUCACAGCUCUGGUUCUGUCUCACUGCGUCAUACUGUACAGCGUCGCUCUAGUCAAGAAGAAAUGGAUGUGCUUUGCUGCAGGCCUGGGCACGCUGGCCUCCAUCAAGCUGGAGCCCUAUAAUUCUUGGCAGGAAACCUUGGUGACCGGUUCGUUCGACCUGCAAGACAUCCUGUUCUACGGAGGCUGUGGAUUCACCAUCAUGCGCUGUAUGAGUUUCGCCUUAGAGAACUGUGAGAAGAAGGACGGCAACUACACGUUCUGUGACCUGUUGAAAUAUAACUUCUACAUCCCCUUCUUCUUCUUCGGACCCAUAAUGACUUUCGACCAGUAUCACGUCCAGGCAAACAACACUCAGCUGACCCGGAAGGAGAGGGAGAUGUGGAACAUCACCUCCAAGGCCUUGCUGCACCUGGGAGUUAUUCUGGUGGUGGAUGUGUUCUUCCACUAUCUUUACAUCUUGACAAUACCCAGUGACAUGAAGCUGGUCUCCAAGCUUUCUGACUGCUGUCUCGCCGGAUUGGCGUACUCCAACCUGGUGUAUGACUGGGUGAAGGCAGCCGUGAUGUUUGGUGUUAUCAACACCGUGUCUAGGCUGGACCACUUGGACCCCCCCCAGCCUCCCAAAUGUAUCACCAUGCUCUACGUCUUCGCUGAGACGCAUUUCGACAGAGGCAUCAACGACUGGCUUUGCAAGUAUGUUUAUGACUACAUCGGUGGGGAUCACGAUAAAAUCUUCAAAGAGCUUCUUGCUACAAUCUGCACUUUUGCCAUCACCACUUUGUGGCUGGGCCCAUGUGAGCUGGUUUACAUCUGGUCCUUUUUCAACUGCUUUGGCCUCAACUUUGAGCUGUGGGUAGCCAAGCUCUUCUCCUUUCCACCAUUUUCUACCAUAGAGGGUGCUAUGGGUGAAUCCAUGUCACGCAGGAUCCGUGGUGUCUUCAAUGCUGCCAACUUCUGGGCCAUUGUCCUCUACAACGUUCUCUCUCUGAACAGUUUGGAGUUUGCCAAAAUGGUGGGCAGAAGACUGAUUUUCAAAGGUUUCCCUCUGUCCACCCUGUCUGUGUUAUUUGUGACCUACUGUGGUGUGCAGCUGGUGAAGGAGAGGGAGCGACAACAAGCCCUGCUGGACGAACCAGUGAAGCCAGUGGACGGUGGCAAAGAAAAAGCAGAAUAAUCAGACAGAAAAACAAAACAAAAAAAACAAAACAAAAAUUAAAACCACUGUUUCACAGACUCCACGGUCAACAGGCCCUCACAUGGUUCCACCCUGAACUGUAACAGCCAGUCGGCUCCUGUAUUGUUUACAAGCCGGUGUUUUUGCUUUUGUAUGUCAGAAGCGAGGCAAUGUAUUGAACUGUGAAACAUCCCCAAGUGCACUUGCUGAAGAUAAUCGUCACAUCCUUCAAUGGUGAAUUUCUGAUUUGUGUUUUAUCUGUACAAAAGAUUGUUUAUCACAUUACAAGCCUGCCAAACGUAAGUCAUGCCUCACAGUAUAUCUAAGCACAUGUAGUCUUGUCAAGGAACUACUACAUUGCUCUGACAUUUUUCCUUUUUAAAUCACCAACACUACUAAUAAUGUUAGUUAUAUACUGUCUUAAUUUUGCCUUAAUAUGUUAGAUCCUAAUCAUUGCAUUUUUAAUCAAACUUUAAGGGUUAAAACUUGAAAAAACUUCAGGGUGCCACAAAUGGAGUGCAAUAAGGAAAUUAAACGAAGGGUGCUGUGGAUGUUCUCCACACAGCUUGCAGCUGAUUGUAAUGUAUAUUUGCUUCACUUUCACAUAGCAAAAGUACAAGCCACUGUGUAUGGGAUACUGUAUUUUAGUGAGAAUGUUUUAGAUUUCGUAUGAUGUUAAAAACUUGAAUGUAUUUCAGUCAGUGAGGACUGUCCGGACAGCCUUACUCCAUUACCGCGCUGUCCACAAGAGGUUGGUGUGGGUGUGGCUCUCUGGCAUAUCUUUCCUUAACCCCCUGUCACAUGAUUCAGGCCCUCAGUUUGCUAUGAAAGGCAAUCGGCCCAGCAGGGAAUGUGGGUCAGCCUUAUCCUGGGUGUCACCAAAACCUGCUGUGUGUCUUUGGCGCAGCAGGCAGAGAGAAAAUGUUCAUGCAGACUGCAAUGUCUUUUACCCACUGUACGAUUUUUAUUGAAAGGCAAUCGAACAUUUGACUUGUAAUAGAGUUCUGUUUCAUCCACACGUGAUGGAGUAAGCGGGUUAAAACGGACGCUUUGUCAUGUGUUUGGAUGAAUAAGCUUUGUCUGCAUUAAAAUAUAUCAUCAAGUUAAGUUUGAUUGACGUGAUUUUGACAAAUGUACUUUGACUGAUGCGGGGACACUGUCCUCUAAUGCUACAGGAUGGCCCAGUUGGACUAAAAGUGGUCACGGCAAUUAACGCUUGUUUUACCAUUGUUACAUUAGCAAGGAUUAAAAUAGUACAACUCUACAAACUCAGGGCUCUACAGAUUUUAACUUACUCUGCCCGAUGACAUUAAUUUUAUUGCCUCUCUUAGCCGACCUUUGAAAAAUCAAAAGUUGAGAAAAUAUGUAUGAUAAACCUUCAUCAUCAUCAUACAGUACUGUUCAGUGGAGGAGCUGGAAGAACACGAAUGUGUUGUUGGUUGGCUGAUGGUCUUUAAGGUUUCAAUCUCUUUAGAGGAUUGUAUGGCAAUCAACAGAAAUUGCAGGUGUCUUUUUAAACCUCCAAUCAUGAGAUGCAAACACUGUCCUUUUCUGUCUCAUUGAAAGACUGACUGUGUCCAGAUUGCAUCGUUUCAUCCAUAUAUACUGUAUAUACAUAUUUGAAAUAUCUCAAGGAACUGCAGUAUAUGUAUGCUAGUUUGUAUCCAUAUACUAAAUAUGUAUGCUGCAUGUAUGUUAUAGUCGGAUGCAUUUAUAAAUGUUUCUGUGGCUCACUC